AUGGAUAAACUGACCAUCAUCUCAGGUUGUCUCUUUCUGGCCAUCGCCAGCAUCGCCAAUCCCGACUGGAUCAACACGGGAGCACUCACUGUGGGGCUAGUGCGACAGUGUCAAACAAUCCAUGGACGAGAUAGGACGUGCAUCCCCCCAGAGUGGGUCACCACACUGUUUUUUAUCAUCAUGGGAAUCAUUUCAUUGACUGUCACAUGUGGUUUGCUGGUGGCUUCCCACUGGCGAAGAGAAGCUACAAAAUAUGCCCGAUGGAUAGCAUUCACUGGAAUGAUCUUUUUCUGUAUGGCUGCCCUAAUAUUUCCAAUAGGAUUUUACAUCAAUGAAGUCGGAGGUCAACCUUAUAAGUUACCCAACGACACAGUAGUUGGGUCGUCAUAUGUACUUUUUGUCUUGUCAAUUUUCUUUACAAUAGUAGGACUUCUAUAUGCUGGCAAAGUUUGUUUACCAGGCUGAUGAAUAUCUAAACUGCUUGACUAUUAUUUUUUAUUUUAUUUUAUUUUUAGAGGGUGGGAGGACAAAGACAAGGCAUCUGAGCAGUCCUCUCAUCGGAAAAUGCUCAAAAUAAAAAUUUUAAAAAGGCUGAAGGUGUAAUAGCUCAGUGGUACAGUAUCCCCAGGCUUAAUCCCCAGGACAAAAAAAAAAAAGUCCCUUCAUGGAAACAGAGAAUUUCAAAUGGAAUGGGCGAAGCCUCACAUGACUUGGGUUAGCCCACAGCUAAAAGAUUCCUAGGAGAUUCAGCUGCAAAAGCUGGGAAGGGCUCUGAAUGGCCCGGUUGGGUCACAUGCUCACACCUUGGCCAAUCAGGGUAGUCAAAGAAUAAUCACCUUCACUCCUUUGGACUCUAAGAAAAAUGAAGAUUUUUAAGUAGAGAAGGACAUAAUCAAAUUUAGAAACCUCUACUUGUCCAGGAAGUUUAAGGUUCUAAGAAAACCAGUUAACCUUAAAGGCAGGCAUAUUAAUAUGUCAGGCAUAUUAAUAUUAUUAACACUUAAGUGUCUAUUCUAAUGAUGUUACUUUUAAAAAAAUCUGCUAACAUAUAGGAAAUACAGAAAACUGAAGUCCUUGUUAAAUGAUAUACUACAGGGACAAAAACCUAGCUCUGUGGAAAAUUUUAUUAACAGCACAUUUGUUUGCUUUUCUCUCAGCAAAUAAAUUGCAAGGAACAUAACUAUAAAAGGGAUAAGGAGAAACCAUGGAUUAAGAAGCAUUUGGGGCUGAGGUUGUGGCUCAGUGGUAGGGCACCUGCCUAGCACUGGGUUCAAUCCUCAGCACCAUAUAAAAAUAAAUAAAUAAAACAAAGAUAUUAUUUAAAAAAGAAGAAGCAUUUAAAGGCACAACCAAUCACAAACUAUGGAAUUUAGAUUUUUUUAUACACGUGUGACAUUCGUGAGAGAAUCAGAAGUAUAGAUGUUAGUAUUUAAUGAUAUUAAAGAAUUAUUAUUCUUUUAGUUAUGAUAAUAGCAUUAUAUGACAUUUAUAAAUGAAAUGAUAGGGUACAUGGGAUUUGCUUCAAAAUAUUACAUAAGAGCAGGAUGGAUUGGGAUAGGAAUGGGAUAGGUCUGGCCUGGGUUGCUGGUUAUUGGGGCAGGGGGAAUAGGAAUACUAUAUAAUACUCUGUCUUCUUUAAUGUUGUUCAAAGUUCGGCAUGAUAAAAAAAUAAAAAGGUACAAAAUCAUAUAUUUAUAUUGAAA